UCAAUUCGGUUUUUGUUGUUUUUCACGAUUUAUUAAAUUUUAUUUGAAUUUUAAGUGAAAAACACAGAUUUUCGCGCAUAAAUGGCCGAAAUAAACGCCACCCAGAUUGCGCGCCGUCGCUACCUCACGAUGGCCGUGUCUUCCGAGCUGAUGGAACGCGGCUUCGAUGCCGCCGAACCUGAGUGCGUCGAAACGCUGACGGAAAUGCUCCAGAGUUUCAUGGUCGAGUUGGGUCAAUCGUCGCGCAAUUACUGCGAGUUGGCCGGCCGGACGCAGCCCGUCAUCGGGGACAUUGUGAUUUCCCUUAUCAACAUGGGCAUUUCGAUCAAGGGCCUGGAGGCGUACGGCAAACGGGAAUCGCGCCGGAUCCUGCCCCAGCCCCAGCAGGCCCAAGCGCAGAAGCAGCUGAGCAUUCUGCAGGCGGGGCAGAAGCACAACCACCCGUCGCACAUUCCGAACCACCUGCCGACGCUGCCCGAUCCGCAUGCCUACAUCCGGACGCCGACGUACAAACAACCGGUCACGGAGUACGAGGCCAUCCGGGAGAAGGCCGCCUCGCAGAAGCGUGACGUCGAAAAAGCGCUCACCAAGUUCCUGGCCAAAACGAGCGACGUGCACAGUCUGUUCGACAACGAAGAAAGCCCAAUGUUCCCGCUGAUUGCGUGCAAACCAUCGUUUCCACCGUACCUGCAGGCGCUCAACCCAACCGACCAGAUCUUUGACUUUGAAGAGCUCGAGUAUUACUACCAGGUGGCGAACCGGAAGGAAGAUCCGGCGGACGCCAAGGAGGGUGCCGACGACGAUGACGAAGAUAAUGAAGAUGGGGAUGAGAAGAAGGAGGGUGGCGAACUAACGGAUGGGAACGAAUCGGCUUCGCCGGUCAAGAGUGAGAAGAAGGAGCGCGUCGAUUCGACGGGGGAGAGCAAAAUGGGACCGCCGACGGUGACGGUUUCGACGGCGUCCGGGAAUAUUACGACGGCGCAGAUUAAUUUGACAAACAAUAGUCCCACGAUUGAUAAUCCUUAUCUGAGGGCAGCCACGAUUCCGAGAAAGGUCAAGUGCGAGGGGUCGUCGUCGAUGUUUUGAGGAGGAGGAAGGUAGGUUGUUUAAGAAUAAAUCAUACUGAUACUAUUU